UUGACAUUUCCAAAUUUGUUUUUGAGGAAAUUGAGUCACUCUUUCAUGAUUGCCAGAACACGUAGAAUCAGAUUAUUCACCAAUUAUGUAUUUAUCUCUUGUUUUAGGUUUUAUAUUAAUAACUAACAUUUACGAAGUGUCCUGUCAAAAUGGGCAGGAUGAGCAAAGUAUGUAUUGGAGUCUUUUGCAGAACAUCAAAAAUUUGGCAAACACUGACACAGAAAGAGAACUGGCGAUUUCAAACAUCGAGGAACUAAAAGAUCGUUCAUUACAGUUAAUGGAUAUCGCCAACUGGCACAAGUUUUACAACGCAAGGUCGUUUGCAAGUUCACUUGCGUCAAGAAAUGUUUCCCAGAAAUGUGCAAACCAGACGGGCGAGUUUCUCGUGGAAAUACCAUUAAAUUUCAAGGCUAAAUGGGUCCAACAGAUGGUGGAUGCUGCUGGAAAGCCUGGAAGUGGCUUGUUACUAGGCAACAUGAUCUGGCCUGGUGCAUUUAAAGAGUGUCUAGGGGUGCGAGCUGAAAUCUACUACAACAGAAGUCACAGUGCUAGCACCAAACCAGAUGACACUUUUAGUGGAAGACACUGUCUUGCCAAGAUUCCUCUUAAAAAACCUAAUCCGGGCAUGCAGUUCAUGUUCAUUGGAAUACAAUGGGGAGCGUGCUUCCCAGAUUCCUGUUCUGCAGAUGACGUCACUCAGAUUCUAAACAACGUACUUGAUGAUAUUGGAACCAACAUCACUAAAGGUCUCCAAGUUUGGCAUACUGAAUGCAAUCUUGAUGAUCGUCGGUUAGACACAAAGGCAACAGUAGUUCUGGUUAUAGCGAUGCUGUUUGUGGCUGUGAUGCUAAUUGGCACAUUCCUAGAUGUGGUGUUUGUCCAGAUGCCAAUGAGGGCUCGACUGUCUGUGGAGACGGAGGGGUUGACUAGUCACCUGGUUAAAGAUGGAGAUAUUAUCUCACAUAUCAAUGCAAGCAAAGGAGUCAGUGAAAAUGAAAGCUCCCCACUUCUUGGAGAAAAGAAACAACAUGCCGGCCCCUCUGUGUGUGUGAAAGUAUUCCUGGCAUUUUCUGUUUACACCAAUGCCAAGAAGCUGUUGAACACGAGCCAACCGAAGGGAACCCUGACAGCCAUUCACGGGAUUCGCUUCAUCAGCAUGACGUGGGUCAUCCUCGGCCACUGUAUGGUUUUUGGCCUGGGAGUUGUGGAUAACAUAUUAGAGUUUGGUCAAGAAUUGAAACGCUUCACUUUCCAGUGUAUUAUUAAUGGAACUGUGUCAGUUGAUACAUUCUUCACUCUGAGUGGCCUUCUGGUGGCAUAUUUGACCUUCAAGGAGAUGAAAAGAGUUAAAAAGGGUUUGAAGCUGAACUGGCUCAUGUUCUAUUUCCACAGGUUUUGGAGACUGACUCCACCAUACAUGCUUCUCAUGAUGGUGUACGUUCCCCUGAUGCCCUACAUAUCAUCAGGACCCAUGUGGCCCCAGGCAGGCUUUGAGCUAAACCAGUGCGAGGGGACCUGGUGGACCAACCUCUUGUACAUCAAUAACAUCGUUAAGAAGAAUCAAAUGUGCAUGGGAUGGAGUUGGUAUCUGGCAAAUGAUAUGCAGUUUUAUGUUCUCAGUCCACUUAUACUUAUUCCAUUCUACUACUCCAAAUUCCUUGGGAUCAUGAUGUCCAUGCUGUUCCUCCUGACCAGUCUGAUAACCACGGGAAUCAUCUCUAGGGUGGAUCAUAUCGGGGUUGGUCUUGGAGUGGAUGUAAACAAUCUUCAGAAUUCAACUAAUAAUCCGAAUACUGCCUUUGAUGCUAUAUACAUGGUACCUUGGUGUAGAAUGGGGCCAUACAUAAUUGGUAUCUGGACUGGUUAUAUCCUGUACAGAACAGACUGCAGAAUCCGAAUGAGCAGAGUAACAGUUAUAUUUGGCUGGGCCAUAGCUACAGCCUCUGCACUGGCUGUUGUGUAUGGUCUGUACGAUGUCAACAAUGGACACCCACUAGCGGUAGACACAGCAGCUUUCUACAAUUCUGUCAACAGAACAGUAUGGGGAGCUUGUGUUUGCUGGGUCGUGUUGGCCUGUGCUACAGGAUAUGGAGGUUACGUGAACACACUUCUGUCGUGGAAAGGGAUCAUCCCACUGAGCCGACUGACAUACUGUGCGUAUUUGUUACACCCGAUCAUCAUGUUCUACUACUACUACAGUAGGGAGACAACGUUCCACCUCUCAGAUAUAAAUCUGCUUUUCAGUUUCUUUUCUUUCUUGGUGGCAAGCUAUGGGGUGUCGUUCAUUGUCUCCCUUGCCUUUGAAGCUCCGAUGAUGGGUCUCGAGAAAGUGUUUUUCAAACGAGAGAAAAACAGUUAGAUCUGAGGCACAAGCAAGUGGCCACAUUGUGAUGUGCUUUCCUUAACGAGCAUCUUCAUUUUUGUUUAUAAUGAUAAGAAAUAGUUCUAAUGAAAUCUACUUAAUAAGUGAUAUUUUUAUAGAUGUUACUACCAAUAUAUGAUGAUUUGAUUUUAUAUUUAUUCAGAAAACAAAAGACAAUUUUUAUUGAAAUUUUUAAAAUAUUGAUUUCCCCAUUUUAAAAUUAAUGAAUGCAUUUAUUACCUGGGGGAUAACUUUGAUAUAUUUUCCAUUUUACUUUUAUUUAGAAAACAAAAUGACAAUUUUUAAUGAAAUCUUUUAAGUAUUGUUUGAUUUCCAUUUUAAAAUUAAUGAAUGAGUUUAUUGCUUGGGGGAUAAGUGAUAUAUUACACCAUUUUAUAUUUAUUCAGAAAACAAAAUGAAAUCUGUUGAUUAUUGUUUGAUUUCCCAUUUUAAAAUUAAUGAAUGAGUUUAUAACUUGGGGGAUAACUUUGAUAUAUUAGACCAUUUUAUAUUUAUACAGAAAACAAAAUAAUUUUUAAAAUAUUGUUUGAUUUGCCAUUUUAAAAUAAAUGAAUGAGUUUAUUACUUGGGGAUGCUAAUGCUGGUUUUACUGUUGCCAAUUGAUUUUUACCAGCGAUGCCAAGUGGAGACAGUAAAAGAGAUAUUUACUACUGUAUUGUAGCCACAGGUAUUUGUUAGUAGGGGGAAAAAAAUAAAAUGUCUGCCGUAUAUGUAACAAAUGUGGUUUGAAAUAUUGUAUUUUCAUUUUAUUGUUUUAUAUCAAGAGAGAGUUCCAGAUAGAUAUGUUCCUUGGCUUUUGUGAUGUAACUUUCACAUUUUUGUGACGUUAAGUGAAUGUGCAUAUUUUGUUAUAUUACUUCCAGAUGGACAUAUUUAUGGGCAUGCAUUUUUAUUUGGCAGUAUGCAGUUACAGUUAUGAUGUGAUGUGGUACUAAAGUAGUCGUACAGUCCCAGAUGUGAUGAUAUAUCAACCCUGCUGUUGUAUCAUACCAUAUUUGGUGUACGCAUGCCAGUUCACGGCAAAGCGCCUCUAUGACGGUUCUUGGUGAACUGAACAUGGCUCUUGCCAACAUUAGUAUGAAGUGACAGUGCAACCAAGAUGAAAUAAUAUAUGAUUUCAGUAUUGGUCCCUAUUUUAAAAUCACAGAUCAGGUCAUUGUAGUGGUGGACAUCCUUGGGAUAUUGCGGUUCAUCCGACACAACACUGGGUGGAUCUGACUCUACCUGAAGUAGUGUUUGGUGUAUUACAAAACGCACUGGAAACACUUGUAUUUUUUAGUUCACUUGAAUUAUUCAUAAUCAUUUGAAACUAAUAAAGACCGUGAACUCCAUUGAAAAAUAUAUUCGAGUAUUCCUAUCUAUUCGUUAAUCCACUGUUUGCGAUGUGGGUCCAGGUACAGUUAUUCAUGACAUCACAAAAAUGUGAAACUCAUGAAAGCCACGUAAUUACGGUUAUCUGGUACUCUCUAAUGUAAACAUAAAGAUAAUUAUUUUUCAUUGUUCAAGAUCUUGUAUACAUAAAUUGUAGAACUUUUACAGUUCAAAAAUGACUAUAUUUAGUGUUUCUUUGACAUCCAGUAGCCGAUGAUUAAUAAAUCAAUGUGCUCUAGUGGUGUUGUUAAACAAAACAAACUUUAUAUUUAGUGUUUCUUUGACAUCCAGUAGCUGAUGAUUAAUAAAUCAAUGUGCUC